AAACAUUCUAUCGGUCAUUUAUUUGUAAUAAGUUCACAAAUAUGUAAAAAGUGUUUUUGUAUUUUUGUGUUUGUUAUUUAUUUUGUAGCCAUGGUACUGAUAAUCUUUCUGCGUGUCAGAAUGCAAUCUGACAUGAUAUAUAUUGUAAUGUUAAUCCGUAAUUAUUUAUAAUUGCUCUUCCUAUGAAUAUUUGGUAUAAAAGUUUGGUUCAAUGAUCUAUUGACGGACAAAAAUGUUUCAAAUUUUGCUGCUUUUGGCCGUAUCCGGAAUAUGGGCUGCGGACUACAUGGCAAUCCCUGAGGAUACAUUUUUGCCGUGCGAUGACGGCCCACCCGGAUCCAUUUCUAUGGACGAAGCUUUCUACGUGAACAACUUGGAUGUCGAGAUGGUUCCCGAAGGCAUUUAUGUAACGGGAAAUGCCACAACUUUAUGGAAUUUUCCGCGCACCGAUCGCCUUGCCGUAAACUGACAUCUAAUGAAAAAUGGAAAAUCGUGGAAACUGGGAACCUACUGUGUUCAACGUAGUUACGACGGACCUGUGCACUGCGAUAUUUGACAAGAAUACUUACUGGAAUAAUGCUUGGUUUCAAUUCCUUGCAAACCCUGAGGAGAUUAGGGAAAAGUGUCUAAUAACUAAAGAUACCGUUAUAGUGUAUAAUCCUUUCCUCUUGAAGUUAAGAGUGGAUAACAUCAUUGGCCCAUCUCUUCAUGGUCGCUACAAGGCAGUUGUCAUUUUCGAAGCCUUCGACGAAAAUAAUGUUCGGCGACCGACGUCCUUGUGUUUUGAGUUUAUAGGGGAUGUUGAAAGGAUACGAAAUUAAAAAAAAUUUUUUUUAGUAUAACAUCAUUGAAUAUAUAUAUGAUUAUGAGUUAUUAUAGAAACAUAAUUAACAAAGUCAUGAAAUAUAUUAUAUUGAAAUGGAUUAUUAUUUAGAGUUA